UGUCGACAGAAACAACUUGGAGAGGCUGCAAAUGAUGCAUUGGGAACCUUGUCCCUCAAGAUAAAUCAGUUGAAAAAGCAAAUCCAGGCGGAGAGAAUUGUAUACAUUAAAGAAAAAAUUCAGAGCAAUGAGAAGAAGCUACAAUGUCAUACCUCAGGAGUCCUAUCAACAAUAUCAACAAGGGGUUAUUCACAGACAGAGGAAAAUAGGAAAAUUCCAAUUCUUUCUAGAAUUGACCGUCCUUUAUGUAAAUUCAAUGGUUUCUCUCCGGUCUCAGGAGACAAAGACCACAACAAUCAAGAUGUAUUAUCUGCUACAAGUAUCAAAAUACCAUAUAUUGAAAGAUUACCGCCAUAUACCUCUUGGAUAUUUCUGGACAGAAAUCAGAGAAUGGCUGAAGAUCAGUCAGUUGUUGGAAGAAGACGAAUCUACUAUGAUCAACAUGGAAGUGAAGCACUGAUAUGUAGUGACAGUGAGGAAGAGUUAACAGAACAUGAGGAAGAAAAACAUGAAUUUUCUGAGGCUGAAGACCGUGUUCUGUGGAUGGCAUUUGAGGAAUAUGGGUUAAAUGAGGAGGUACUGAAUAUUGUUAGCGAAUUUGUUGGGGCAAGAGUUCAGAAAUUUCAGGAGAGGUACAAAAGUAUUAAGGAAAAGAACAUUGGUAGGUUGGAUCAGCCUUCGGAAAACUCAGGAGAUCCUGAAUCUAUUAUUGGCAUCUCUCCAGAGAAAACCCUGAGUGCUGCAUUAGAUUCUUUUGAUAAUCUUUUUUGUCGCCGGUGCCUGAUUUUUGAUUGUCGUCUUCAUGGCUGUUCUCAACCUUUAGUAUAUCCUAGUGAAAAACAGACAGUAUGGUCUGAUCCUGAAGGUGACAAGAAACCAUGCAGUGAUCAGUGUUACCUUAAGUUAAAUGAAGUCAAAGGUGUGUCAGAAGAUGCAACUUCUGGGUCUGAUCAAAAUAAGAGAACUACAACUAUGGAAGAGGCAGAUGGGAUAUUGGCACCCUCCACUAUAGAGGAACCUGGUAAUCAGAGUACAUCACCUUUUCCAACAGAAGUUGAUUGUCAUAGAUCUCUCAAUUUAAAUGUUCCUAUCUCAGUAAGUGUGGAGAAACGGAAAGUCACAAAUGUGUCUGACACAGCACUUUGUGACUCAACUCCCCUUCCCGAUGGUUCUCAAAAUUCUAAUAAAAAACUGAAGAGUAUCUCAGAUGAUGUAAUUACUGUAAAUAGUGAUUCUAGCAAUAACCUUUUGGGUGCAUGCGAUGAAAGUAAACAUACUAUUACUUGUGCAAUUUUGGACAAAUCUGUUAAUAAUAAUUCCAAUAAAUUAAUAGACUCUUCUAGCACUUGCGAUACGGAUGAACAUGACAAAAGUAUUGGGGAUGGACCCAAAGACCCUACAAAUAAAACAGAAUUGAAGAAGUUGUCCCCUUCAAUGGAAGGGAAAGUUGAUGGGAUGCCAGGUCUCUCAGAUUGGAAACCUCUAGAGAAAGAAUUAUACUUGAAGGGAGUAGAGAUGUUUGGAAGAAAUAGGUAUGGAGCUUUCUGUGUUUCACCUUACAUUAUUAUUUUAGAAAUGCAAGGAUGUCACCAAAUUUAAUUUAUAGUGUGUUUGUUCACUUUCUCAUGUCUAGCAUGUUUCUUUUGCCUGUUUGCACACUGUUUUGGUAUAAUUUUAUUUUAUUUCACUUAUCACUGUUGUUGUUGAUGUGGAAGUUACACUUUUCUGUCUAUAAAUGCUACAAACUCAACCUCUCUUUUAACUUCAAUUUCAAUU